CAAAGUACAAACUGACCAAUUAAGACAAAGGAAAAAUAAAAACUCAGAUAAACCAAUAAAAACUCUCGUUCCAUAACAAGAUCUCAACCAAUCAAAACCCACACCAACUUUUCUUUUAAGUUUGCAAAAUGGCGGGCAAAUUUUACUCCUUCACAAACGGAGACCAAAAAAGCACUUUAAAACCUCAAUAAUCAUCAUAUUUAGGCCAGAAAUGCAUUCCUCACACACGUAUGGACUAUACGACAGCAAAAGGUCGCAUUUUAAAGCCUUUACAGUCGAGAAAACGAAGAGAAUACGGGUGAGAACAAGAACGAUGGAAAAAAAAUUCAGGUGUUCGAAAGAAAAUUGGAUUUACCAGCUUGAACUCGUACGCUUGUAUAAUGGACGCCAUGAAGAUGAGAGACUUAUUAUGACUUCGAUUUGAACAUUGGAUAUAUCUUCAUACAAGAACAGUUCCGUUACAAGAAGCCAUCUACACAGAAGAGUUACUAACCGAACGUUAACAUACUAAAUACUCAGCAAAUCGUUCCUGGCUUGGUAAAUUCAAGGUCCUCUAAUAUUAAAGUUGUGUCUGCUACAGCCUAACUCAUAUGCAGCAAAAAUAUCAUCAUUGGUAGGAAGCUCCGUCCGUGUUUUGCACGAUAUCCCACAAGGAAACAACAUGGAUAACAAGGACAGAGCUAAAGACAGAGACCUUGGUAAUGGAGGUAUUUAUUAUCGGAAUCGCAAUCCCUUUCCGAAUUCUCCUGAGAUAAUGUUAACCAAUGCUUCGAGAAAGCCAAGGCGAUCAUCGGUUACUUGGGCAGAUGAGCUUAGCGACUCAAACACAGAGACGAUUCAGGGAAAUGGAGGGAUUUCUGUGCUCCAAAAUGGCUGCGUUAAGAAUUCAAAUAAAAGUGGAAAUGGCGUGUUAAAGUCCCAGCAUAUUAAAGGCAAAUCCGCUUGUGUGGUAGAAAUACGAAAGAAUUCAAUCCAAAAUACCAAUAAACAUAUUAGCACGAGCCGUGAACAGAAUGUGGGCGAUUAUCACCUUAAGAAAAACAACCAUUUUGUCGACUUAAUGACAACCCGAAGACUCGAGUCUUUACGAAAAAACGCCGACGAAAAAUCCCGAAGCGAGACCUGCCGAGCCCUUCUCGGAGAGUUUCCGGAGAGAGAUAAACCUUAUCGGAACAAAGUGGAAUUUUAUGGCACUGUUUUGACGUUUAUGAUUGGACUUGGGAAUGUUGUUAGAUUCUCUUACCUCUGCCAUCAGCAUGGAGGCGGAGCGUUCUUCAUCCCGUACUUCAUUAUGCUAUUCCUCGAGGGAAUCCCGUUACUCUGUCUAGAGAUGGCCGUAGGACAACGUCACGGGCGAUUCUCACUAUACAACGCCUGGAUAGAUCUUGGGCCGAGCCUAGCAGGUCUAGGACUCGCUGCCAUUGCUGAAAAUUUAAUCACUGUAAUAUAUUAUAAUGUCCUUGUGUCGUGGUGCUUGUACUAUUGUAUCCAGUUUUUGAGAGACUCGUUGCUAUGGGAACCCUGUCCUACCGUCACUACAAUGAGAGGAAAUCUGUCAUUCAAGUCUAUUGAGAGUGAAUGCCUGAAAUCAGGGCCGCAGACGUAUUUUUGGUAUAGAAAGUCGUUGGGUAUAUCGGCAGAUAUUAAUACAUUUUCGGGGUUCAAUAUGUUCAUGUAUAUAUUCAUCGUAUCCAGUUGGAUCUCCACGUGGCUUCUUUGCAUGAAGUCAGUACGAGAUUCUGCCAAGGGUUUAUUGGUUGUUCUUCUGCUUAUCGUCACGAAUCUAAUGAUCUUUUUCUUCUUCGCGGUGAACCUGGAAGGCUGGGCCGAGGGACUGGCGAUGCUCUUUACGUUUGAUAAUCUUGAGCCACUAAAAGACAUCCAAGUAUGGAUGGCCGCUGCUGGUCAGAUAUUCUUCUCAAUGGCCAUAGGCUACGGCAGCACAAUCCUGUAUUCAAGCGGCAACAAGCGAAACAACAACUUCUGUUCAGAUGCCCUCCUGGCCUCGCUGGCCAACUCUGGGACAUCACUGUGGGCCAGCAUCAUCAUGUUCUCGUUCUUUGGAUACCGUACUCACUUCAUGGUAGAGAAGUGUAGGAAUGCGCUAGAGAGCAACAGUUCACAAGCCAUCAUGUCAUUUAUGUUGUCUUCUAAUAUCGCGGGAAACUCCACGGGCAGGGUCUUGGCCAACGGAACAAGGAAUUGCAGUAAGCAGUUCUUCUUCAAACAGAUACCUGAAGGAAUGUCACUAGCGUUUGUCGGGAUGACCCAAGCAUUUGGCGAGUUGAAUCUAUCCCGUGCUUAUCCUGCUCUGUUCUUCUUCUUCUUGUUCCUAUUGGGUGUUUCUAGUGUGCCGGGGAUGAUAUACGUGCUGGUUAAUUCGUGCAUUGAGUUUCGAUUAACGCCGAAAACCUGGAGACGGGAGGUUGUGACAGGGCUGGUCUGUCUUAUCAUCUGUCUAAGCAACCUUAUAUUCAUACAGUCACCUGGUCUUUACAUUCUUGAGCUGAUCGACAGCACGUGCGCCUUUCCUCUAUUAGUUAUUGGUUUCUGUGAAUGCAUUGGUCUUUGCUAUAUUUAUGGACUUGAUAAAUUCUCCAAAGACAUUCUAACCUUAACGGGUAGAGAAUUGUCGUGGAAAUGGAAGCUCUGUUGGAAAUUCAUUUCUCCAUUGAUAAUCCUUGGCUUGAUAAUAGGGUCAAUAAUCAACUUCAUACAGACUGGAGAACGCUAUUAUAAGGCAUGGGACAGUAAUAAGGGACACCUCGUCUCUCUACCCUACCCCACUUGGGCCAACGUUUUGUACUACCUUCUGACCAUCAUCCCUUUAGUAUGCCUCGCCUAUCCCUUCUUACAAAGCUGCUUCAAAAGGUUAAGAAGCUCUCCCAUUUCUCAAGACAAGUCAAUGAGUUGCGGGGUAUGUAAAGAUUUAUUUGAAGCGUGUCAAGACACGUUUGCUCAAAGAUCCGGGACCUACGAUCUUACGUCACCAUCAAAUUACAUUGGUUAUGAUACUGAGGCCCUUGAAAUGAAUGGUGUCCAAUCCAAUGAGGAGAUAGGACCUAUUAGUCGCUCUGCUAAUUACAAUACAGCAGACUUGAGUUUAGCUAGUGGCUCGAGUAAUGGUUCCCUUGGUAACGGGAACAAGAGUUACCAUGGUGACAAUGCUAAUCGUUCCCUUGGUUACGAUAACAGUGGCCUUGAAAGAACUAGUAAUGAUAAUCUUUUUAAUACACCUGACCGGAAUGACUCAAAUACUUCGGUUCAAACUUCAGCCAACAACGUUGCUUCAACUUCGGAUCAUUACGACAACGAAGGACUUGAAUCUGAUCUUGGAAAUAUGGAUCAAAGGUUGUAAAUAGAAUCCAUCUGCGCUUAUGGUUUUUAAAAAAAUCGAAUUCGUGUAUAAGACUUAUAGACAGCUCCUAAAAGGAGAUUUUAACUUCCCUUAUUGAAGAGGGUUAUAGGAGUGUUGAGAGGGAAGAAUAUUUUACAUUUUUAAGUCUCUUAACCCUCUUCCAUCUUCGUAUGAACCUAUCCCUGUAAAAUACCUCUUUAGCUCGGGCGUAAUGUUUUUCCAUUUUACACAACGUGUCAUUCUCUUGAGAAUAAGAUUCUUCGUCUAAGUUGUAUCCAUAU